GUGAUGUCAGUCUUAUUAUGUAGUUUUGAUUCACGAUUCACCUUUUGUUGGAAAGACUUCACAAAAACAUCUUAAAAAGCACAUAUUUAUCUAGCAAUUAUAAACUUACAUAAGACCUUGUUAUUAAAGUAAUCAAAAAUGAAUUACUUUAACUUUAGUAAACUGGUGACGACUGUUAGCGUAAGCAGAUUAUUGGAAUGUCGAACUGCAACAACCAAAACAAUAAUCUCAGCUGAGGGAAAAGAUGUCCCGAAAAGGAAAAAUUAUGAGAACAGAAUAACUCUGAUUAGCCCUGAUAAUUCAGUUAGUAUAACCGACAUGAGGAAUGCUCAAAGUUUGUCUGUCAGGCGGGAUUUAAAGCUAGUUAAAAUUCAAGAUGUGGAUUCGAAAACCAGGCGACCUGUGUUCAAGCUAAUGACGAAUGCUGAAUACCAUGCUGAAGAGCUUUCGAGACGUAAGGAGAAACAGACAGCCCGGUUAAAUAAUCCGAACAAAGGUGAAAAGUUAAUGACUCUGUCCUCAAGGAUAGGAGAGCAUGACCUAAUGACUGGAGUUAGGAAGAUGAUGAAGCUUCUAGAGAAACAAUAUGAAGUUAAAGUCAUUAUUGCCGGUGAAGAUGCACAGGCUGCAGAUAAAUCUGAAAAAAUAUACCAUAUGAUAGAAACUCAAGUAAAGAAUGCCUGCAAAAUAGUUCAGAAGAGGAUGAAAGGUAACAGUUUAAGGUUUCAAUUGCAACCAUUGAGGGAAAGCGGCUCCCAAGGUAAUAACAAUACCACAGACUCCAAUCAAAAUGAUAAAGAAAAGGGCCCGCUAUGACUAGGAGUGUUCCUAGUAGCUAUAUUAAUCACUAAGUAUUGGAUAUACAAAAAAUAUUAUUUUGGCAAUGGUGACUAUGUACCAAAAAAAGUAACUAAGAAAUCAGAUUCUAUGAAUUUAGAGAUAUAAAUACCUAUAGCAUU